AGAGAACUACUUCCUCCGCCGCCCACCACCGAAGAAACGGACGCAGCGCACCUGACAGACGCGUGUUUAGCCUGCUAGCUAGAGAACUACAUCGGCAAACGCGUAAACCGGUCCCUCGCUUUCAAAGUCAAAAUAUUUCCUUCGGAUAUAAAAGUUCUGAAAGGGCCCGAAUCGAGAAGAAAGGAGAAGACAAAGGCGGGGAAAGCAGCAAUGCAGAUCACACUAAAGACUCUGCAGCAGCAGACCAUUCAAAUAAACAUCGACGAUGAGCAGACGGUGAAGGCAUUAAAAGAGAAAAUUGAGGCUGAGAAGGGCCAAGAAAGUUUUCCUGUUGCGGGACAGAAGCUGAUCUACGCUGGGAAAAUCCUGCAGGAUGAUACGCCCAUCAAAGAGUACAACAUCGACGAGAAGAACUUCGUGGUGGUUAUGGUGUCAAAGACAAAAGCACCAGGACCGACCGCUCCUCCCUCAGAACCACCCAAAUCUGUCCCUGCACCUUCCUCUUCCUCUCCUCCUCCUCCUGUUCCAGCCCCUGCAGCCAUCCCCAUCCCUAGGGAGGAGUGUUUAGAUGACCCUCCUGCAACCAUCUCGCCUGCACAGAGCCCGGACGGUGACACAGGUCUCAGGGCUGAUGGGGAAGCUGCAUCUUCAACACUAGUCACAGGUCAGGAGUAUGACGCCAUGCUCUCAAAUAUCAUGUCUAUGGGCUAUGAGAGAGAGAAAGUGGUGGCUGCACUCAGGGCCAGUUAUAACAACCCUCACCGCGCUGUGGAGUAUCUGCUCAAUGGGAUCCCUACUGUCCCAGUGCAGGAAACCAGACCUGCUCCAGCUCAGCUCCCCACAGACACACAGCCCACAGAAGGUGAGAAUCCGCUGGAGUUCCUGCGCUCUCAGCCGCAGUUCCAGAGCAUGAGGCAGGUGAUCCAGCAGAACCCGUCCUUACUGCAGGCUUUCCUGCAGCAGCUGGGACAGGACAACCCCGAACUACUGCAGCAAAUCAGCCAGCAUCAGGAGCUCUUCAUGCAGAUGGUGAAUGCACCAGUGGGUGAGGGUGAAGGUGAGGGCGGAGAGUUUGCAGAUCUGGGUGCGAUACGUGAUGAAGCGGCAUCUGAGAGUUACAUCCCAGUGACGCAACAAGAGAAAGAAGCCAUCGAUCGGUUAAAAGCUCUGGGAUUUUCUGAACCACUGGUGGUCCAGGCGUACUUCGCCUGUGAGAAGAAUGAGAAUCUGGCCGCAAACUUCCUUCUCAAUCAGAAUUUCGAGGACGAAUGAGAGCCGCAGAGCGCCCACGUUCCCCUUCCCCCUCCACCACACAAGCGCUGCAUCUACUCGGAGCACUGGUUUCCCCCCAUUAUUUCUUUGAGUUUACAAGUCAAAGGGAAACUCGCAGACUGGUUGGGGACGGGGUGGAUGCAAUCACUCGGGGAACAAAUUCCAGUGGAAUUGACCGCAUUUGGGGCACUCUAGCAUGUUAAAGAAGUUUGCUUGCACGCGUGAAUACGCGUUCCCUUAGAGAAUAUUCAACUUAAUCAGCGUCAAUUGAAAGCAAACGCUCUUAUAGUAGUAUUAUGGGUUCUGAGGAGGUUAGAUGUGGGCACACACCUUUGCUUGUAUAUUUUUUUUUUUUUAGUUGGGCAAAGGAUUAAAAAAAUUGUUUAAUGGAGGUUUUAUAUAUUUCUCUAAAAUCUGAGAUAUUUCUGUAAUUUUCCCAGCACAGACCUCUGAUGAAUGUGAUAACAGCAUUGAAAUAUGAAACCGUUUGUGCAAACUAUAGCAUUUUAUAAUAUUCUCAGCAAAACAAAUGACCUAAAUUGAUGCUGUUUUGUAAAUGAAUCCAUAUUGUGUGGAAUAUCAUAAUCAUAAUCAGAGUGAUGAUCAAAACAGGAUUGAAUGUACUUGAAUGAAGAAACACAAUAGGUCAUGUGUCCUAUUUAAAGUCAACAUGAAAAGGCAAUCGUAAGAUAUUUAACUCAUGUAAUCUGAUGUAUUUGAAAGUUUAAGAGGAAAUCCAAUUCACAAAAAUGAGGGAUUUGUUCCUUAUUGCCCAACGUUUUAAGUUAUUUUGAUGAAAGAUUGCACUAAACGUAAAUAAAGUCGAUUUCAUGUUGACCUUAAAAGCAUCUUAUUUAAACUGAUUUCCGUUAACUGUUGGAGCAAAACAAAUCUCUCAAAUAUACACGAGGAUAGUUUUUCUUAGACAUUAGCUCUGCUUAUAUUAAUACGAGAGGACAAA